UACUUUCUGAUUUAGCGGAAGAGAAGAUCAUAACACGAUGGCGUUCUCUUCACUCUGCCUCAUGCUCUCUACACUGACCGUCACUCCUGACCGAUCCCAGUUCUUCCAGUACGACCGAAUCACUCUUACCUGUGUGACAAACUCCAGUGGCUGGAAAGUGAUGAGGACGAUAAAUAACAACCCUCCUCAGGAAUGUCAGUUUGGUGGGGCAAUCCCUGGAGAAUCCUCCUGCAUCAUUGAGGAUGCUUAUCCAAAAUACACCGGUGAAUACUGGUGUGAAUCUGAGAGAGGAGAAUGCAGCAACAGGGUCAAUCUCACUGUUACUGAUAGAAAUGUGAUCCUUGAGAGCCCUUCACAUCCUGUAUUUGAGGGAGAAAAUGUGACACUUGGUUGUUCCUACAAAGAAGACAAAGAUGAUCUGAGAUCCACCUCAGACUUUGAAGCUGCGUUCUACAGAAAUGGUUCCUUCAUUGGGAAAAACAAACCAGGGAAAAUGAUCAUUAAAGCAGAGGAAGGUUUCUACAAGUGUAUCCAUCCUUCUAAUUUAGAGUCACUGGAGAGCUGGCUGGCAGUGAAAGCCAGAGCAGACGUUUCUCCUCGUCUUCCUCCUUCUGAACCUGCUGUUCCUUGGACCAGAGUGAUUUGUGGCAUCGUGCUCUUCAUCCUCUAUAACAUCAUAUUAAUCUUGUGUAUAUAUACAUACCGUAAGUGGGCUAGAGCCAAGACUGACAUGAAAAGGAGAACUGCUGAUCAUGUUUUGGUGAACUGAAGACAAUGAAGACAAAACAAUUUAUCAUCUGUAUGUUGAAGCAAAAAGAAAAAUAAGAUGAACAAUAUUAAAAGUAUAGAGGAAUGUGAUUUAUUCUCCCAUUCAAAACAGAUUAUUAUAAUAUUUUCAUUUUGAUCUCAUAGAGUUUAGAUAAUGUGAAUCUUUAAACAGCUUGUUAGUUAAAAAGCAGAAACUUUGGAACAUUUAACAUCUUUAAUGAUCUUUACAUGAGCAAAAGAGUUUAUCUUCAAAUGUGAAUUUAAAACAUUUUAUCUUCAGAUGUGAAUUUAAUAGUUAUUCAUGUCAUUCUGACUCAUUGUGUUAUUCUGAAAUGUAAAUGCAAAUAUUUUAAGUUCCACAAUCAUAUAUGUGGAAAUAUUACAGAAGAAAAUUCCGCCUAUAUUCUACAUAUAAAAUAUUCUAUAUUCUAGAUAUAUAAGUCUAGAUGUUUUGUUCUGUUUCUAUGUUGUGCAGAUUAUCGUGUUGCAGCUUAAUGAAGCUUCCAGAGCAGCAAAUGAAUGAAUAUUUCAAACAAACAAGUUCAAACUGAUUUGAUCAAGAACAACAUUUUUUAUUUUUUUUUAUUGAACAAACUGUAUACAAAGACUCGAUGAGGUACAAAAACAUUACAACAUGGGUGUAGAAAUUAAACAAAAACAAAAACUAGGGGCUAAGACUAAAGACAAGCACAUAAAACAGUAAGACAAAUGAAUAAUAAUAGAGCAGGAAUUUAAAACAAAAGAAAAGUUGAGAUACUGGCAGUUACUUUUCUUGCAGAAACAGAUUUCAAAAGUUUCAGUGAGGUGAAAUAAAGUUUAAAUUGGUUAAGAAAAAAAUCAAAACAAGGAGUAGAACUUCUCCAUUUACAGCAGAGUAUGUGAUAUUUAAUAAGUAAAAAGAUAAUAUUAACCA